UUUCUCACAACACUAGCUCUUUCACUUCCUUUUCCGUUUCGACGCGUUUGGGGGCGGGGUGUCCCCAGUGAACUGUUCAGCAUGGCGUUGGCACGCCCCCUGAUCACCGUCUACGAUGAGAAGAACGAGAAGACCGGGCAGACGGUGUCUCUGCCGGCCGUGUUCCGGGCGCCCAUCCGGCCCGACGUGGUCAACUUUGUCCACCAGAACAUGUCCAAGAACGCCCGCCAGCCGUACUGCGUGAGCCGCCUGGCCGGCCACCAGACGUCGGCCGAGUCGUGGGGCACCGGCCGCGCCGUGGCGCGUAUCCCGCGUGUGCGCGGCGGCGGUACCCACCGCUCCGGCCAGGGAGCGUUCGGCAACAUGUGCCGCGGCGGCCGCCGUUUCGCGCCCACCAAGCAGUGGCGCCGCUGGCACCGCAAGAUCAGCGUCAACAUGAAGCGCUAUGCCGUGUGCUCGGCGGUGGCGGCCACCGGCGUGCCCGGCCUGGUCAUGUCCAAGGGCCACAUGAUCCAAGAGACGAACGAGGUGCCGCUGGUGGUCAGCGACAAGGUGCAGGAGUUCACCACCACCAAGCAGGCGGUCAGCUUCCUCCGCCAGACCAACUCCUGGCCCGACAUCCAGAAGGUGUACAAGUCGCAGCGCACGCGUGCCGGCAAGGGAAAGCUGCGCAACCGGCGCCGCGUGCAGCGCAAGGGCCCGAUCGUGGUGUUCGCCAAGGACCAGGGCCUGAGCCUGGCGUUCCGCAACAUCCCCGGCAUCGACACCAUCAACGUGGAGGCGCUGAACCUGCUGAAGCUGGCGCCGGGCGGCCACGUCGGCCGCUUCACCAUCUGGACCGAGUCGGCCUUCAAGAAGCUGGACUCCCUGUACGGCACGUGGCGUGCUCCCUCCACCCUGAAGAAGGGCUUCAACCUGCCUUCCACCAAGAUGGCCAACACCGACCUGGCUGCUCUGCUCAAGGCGCCGGAGAUCCUGCGCGUCUGCAGGAGGCCCAACAAGGUGGUGGCCAAGCGGCAGUCCAAGCGCAACCCGCUGCGUAACGUGCACGCCAUGCUGCGGCUCAACCCGUACGCGGCUGUCGUUAAGCAGGCGGCGCUCGGCGAGGAGAAGAAGGCCACUGAGCUCAAGGCGGCGCGCGCCGACAAGGCCAAGAAGGCGGCCGCCUCCCGGAAGCCCAAGAAGGUGGACGAGGAGGUACAGAAGCGUAAGCAGGCCCGCCAGGAGGCCGGCAAGAAGAAACUUGAAGCCGUCAAGGCCAAAAUUGCCGCGUCCAAGGCCAAGAAGGGCAAGAAGUAAACUUGUCCCCACGGCUGAGGCUAAGACAUUGCCUUUCAAUAUAUUAUAAUGCCCGGUU